ACCGUAAUAUGAUGAUAAGCCAAACUCCUAACCGUUGUAUAUAUAUUUGCCAACGACUGCAUGGCCUGGGGUUCCGGAACGAAAUUCGUUAACUAAAAGUAUUAUUGAAGCCUAUAAUUGGACUACAACCGUUUGCUAUCAUCAUACGAGGUAGAUAAACGCUGCGACAAUUCUUCAUUAUAAUUCAAUCUGCAGAAAUAGCUAUAGGGCCAUGCUAGGACCGUCCUGAAAACCACUAUGAAAGUAAUGGAGUGCAUUUACCAGCAGCGUCAUUGAACUGAUAGAGGUGUAUCGUUAGAGGUUGAACUACACCGUGUCAAAACUUCGAGAUCGAAACGACGUAAAAAUCAUCAAAUAACCGGUUAGGAAUCCUAGGUUUCUUCAAGUGUAGAACUGACGGAAUCUCGAGAAGCGAAGGUUAUUCACAGUUGUUGCGGGUCAAUGAACUCUGUAUCCAUAUCGUCUGGCGUACACUGGAUCCUUUUUUCACAAAAAUAUCUCCAUAAGUUCUAGUAUGUAAGCUGCUUUUUCUUAAAAUCAUAUUUUGACAAGAGGCCGGACAACUUUGAAGGGAGGCUUGCAUGGCCUAUUUAGUUUAACUCAUUCGUAAUUCAAGCUGUUUUCGAGCAGUAGGUCUCUCUAUACACAGAGGUGGUCAUUACAUCUGUUGAUUGGAGUCUGAUUUGGGACGAGUGAAUAUGACGAAUAACAACGUGGAAAACAUGUUUACUUACGAAGACUACGAGGGGAUGGCCGAGUGUCUGUUGUCAAGGCAACCACACCGUCCGAGUAUUGGUAUCAUAUGCGGGUCUGGCUUGAUUGAUCUUGCCAACAAGCUGGAGGAACGCUACAACGUCCCAUUUGAGAAGGUGCCAAAGUUUCCAGCCUGUACAGUCGAAGAGCAAAAGGGUGAGUUUUGCUUUGGAACUCUAAAAGGAAAGACAGUGGUGAUGAUGCGAGGACCAUUCCAUUUAUACGAGGGGUGUCCAGCAUGGAAGGUUGCAUCCCCUAUCCGUGUCAUGAAGGUGAUGGGAGUUGAUACGGUGAUCGUGACGAGUGCGAGCGGUGCUCUCAACCCCGUGUUCAACCUCGGCGACAUCAUGGUCAACAUCGACCACGUCGGCAUCCCAUCCCUCGCAGGGACAAACCCACUCGAUGGCAAAAACGAUGAAAGGUUCGGUUCGCGGUUCGUCGAUAUGAACAAGGUCUACGAUGAGAAGCUGCGCAUGUCGGCUCUGAGGGUCGCCGAAGAGCUCCGCCUUGCCCCCUUCACCAAGCAGGGCGUUUACCUGAUGGUCGGGGGCCCCUCCUACCCGACUCCUGCUGAGGCUCGUUUUCUUCGCUCUCUCGGAGGAGAUGCCGUAGGAAUGAGCAUAGUACCGGAAGUGGUGGCUGCAAGGCAUUGUGGGAUGCGAGCACUGGGGUUAUCCUUGAUCACGGAUCUGCUGACCAUGGAUUACGGGGCUGCCGGCGUCGUCGCCCACGACGAGGACGUGUUGGAGACGGCGAAAUGGCGGGCGAUGGCCAUGAAUGAUUUGGUGGUCGGCGUGGUAGAGAGACUGGAUUGCGAAUGACUAGAUCAUCGAUUGCAGACUCUCACCAAAGCGAAAAGGAUCGCGGUCGAUCUCGUCCGUGUGCUCAUUGUCCGCCUCGUUGUCAGACGUACUGAAACUUUCGUCAAACAAUGGAUGGUUGAUCAAGGAAUCGCUUAAUGCAAGGACUUGUAUGUUUUUUUUGGACCGUAAUAUAUAAUAUUUUAUCCGACAGUUACCCUAGAGGCUGUGCUUGUGAGCCAAUCAAAAAGCAAGGAGGCCCAACAACUUGUCGGACAAAAAUGUUAAUGAAAAGUGGGGCGGGCCUGCCCCGUCGCAGAAGGAGCGAACUACCCCCGGGCAGUCAUUUUCUUUUCUCUUGUUUUUAGCAAAAUGUACAACAUAUUUUGAAGUAUCAAAGGCAUCUUUCAGUAAGCAAAUAUCACACCUUUCUAAAAAAUACAUUAUAACUGCAUACAUGAAUGCCUAUUAAAAAAUACAAGAAAUUUGAAAAAAAUUAUAUUUUAAACUAUUAGAUUUGAUUUGACUUUAUUUUACAUAUUUCACAAGUACACACAAAAUUAUGAAACAAUAUCAGAAAACUUAUGAGAAUACAAAUCAGACAAGGCAUAACAAUUAAUUCAAAUUAAAGAAAAUAGCGAUUUGGAAUUGAAGACAAUUUAAAAGAGUGAAAUAUGAGGGAACCUGCAUAAAAAGCAAGGCUUGUUAAGUCUGCAGGAUCCAGAAAAAAAAAAUCGGUCUUAAUGAGGAGAGGACAGGUAAGUAAAUUGAUUAUAACAAAGAAUGCCAAAAUGUGACGAUUGUGUAAGGAAUACAAAAAAAAUAAAAAAUGAAAAUAAAAAAGAGUCCGCCACUCUAUGACUAUUAUUUAUUACUCAUUACUCGGCCAGAGCGUAUUAAAAAAGUACAUGAAUAUAAAAGUUUACAAAAGGAAAUUAUAAGAAUUGAUAAGCAUCGCUUUCAAUUUACGUUUUAAUAUAUUAAGUGAGGCACUAUGUACCAUAUCAUCGGGAAGAUCGUUCCAAAACCUGGGCCCUUCGAAAGCAAUUGUCCUUUGAGCAAGGAGAGUGCGAGUACGCGGAAUGUGAUAGGAGUCACUUAGCCGGGUGGGAUAUGUGUGGAUUCGAUUGUUCCUUUGAAAUAUAGAAACAAAUGUAUCAGGCAAUUCACCUCUUGAAAGCUGAAACAUAAAUAUACCAACUUGAAAUGCAUAUAUAUCAGAAAUUUUGAGUACUUUAUUUUGGAAAAAUAAUGGGUUUGUAUGGGAAUAAAAACCAACUUGAUUAACCACCCU